GUCGUAUUACAAUCGGCGAUUUGAACAUGGUGUUACCGUUUGGCAACACAGUUGAUAUCGUUGAGAUUAAAGGAAAAUACAUUCGCGAAGCACUUGAAUUCUCAGUGUACAAGUACGGCACGGACUAUAUGGGAGGAGAGUUCCUACAAAUGACAGGCUUACAUGUAACAUAUGAUGUUACAAAGCAACCAGGUAGUAGGGUUGUUUAUGUGGAGGCCGUUUGCACAGAAUGCACAGUUCCAGAAUACAAACCACUCGUAGAUGACGAGAUAUACAAUAUUAUAGUAAGCGAUUACAUAGCAAACGGCGGCGAUGGUUACUCGAUGAUUAGCGAUAACAAACUGUCAUAUGUAACAGGUAAUUUGGAUUCUCAUAAAGACUUGUGA